AUGCGGCGCGGAAAAGCCAAGGCUGUUUGCAAACAGGCGUCCUCUGCCUCCCUCUGGGAGUCGCCCCCCACGCGCCUCCAGCCUCCCAGGGGUCACGGGGAGAAGGGGCUGAGGCCGAGAGCCGCGGGGUGGGGGAGGCUGCCGCAGCGGCUGGACGCCCCGUCCGCCCGGCUAGAGGGCUGCCGCCAGGGCCCUCCCUCCCCAGAGGCCGAAGACCAGCGAGCCCAAGAUCGCGCCGCGCCACACUCACCUCGAACAGCGGCCGCCGCCGCCUCAGCAUGGCCCGGGGGGUCGUCCCUGAGCCGACAGCGUCCUCCGGAGGGCACCGGCGCGGCCCCAGGCGCCGCCGCGAAGCCUCCCACUCCAGAAGGGGCUGAGAUCGCCGCUGCUGCUGAGGCCCAGCGCCUGCCGAGCCGCAUCGAGCUCCCAGACCGCCGCAGCCACGCGGAUCCCGGAGGAGCUCCGCUGAGCAGGGCCGGGGGCUCAAUGCUGCGGCGGGACUACAGAGGUGCUGCAGGCGGGGAUCCUCCGCGAAGCCUCCAGCGUCGCCUUGGCCGCUCCUGCCACCGGCGCUACUGGGCCACAGCGCCCCCUGGACCCCAAGCCCCGCUACCGCAGCGGGACUGCGGCGGCCGCCGGGGCACGACCGUCAGAAAACGCCAGGGAGCGCAGUCUGGAGAAGGCCCGGGUGGCGCGCGCCAAGCACCGCCCACGGCCUCCCGCCGGACCCCAACGACGCCCCCCCGGAGGCGGAAGUCCAUCAUUACAGAAAUUUCCUGCAGAUACCAAACCUUUAGGCCCUAAUACCUAAAUGGGUAUUCCCCCAAAUGGGAAAAAGAU